AAAAAAAAUCAAAAUUACAAAUGGCUUCAAUGGCGGCGGCUUUCGUUUGUAAUUAUUAACCUUAAUGCACAAAGUUUAGUCAUAUAAAUCAUAUUGUGCAGUAUUGCUGUACCAAUAGAAAUUCAAAAUGUGGUUCUUGACAUCUAAAAGUGAUCAAAGAGUCAUAAGUAUUGCACCUGUAAAAGGCAAAGUUACAAUAGGCCGGAGCGUCGAUCCUGAAGUUUGUGACUUCUCUGUUCCUGAAGACGUAUCUAUAAGCAGAAAGCACGCAACAAUAUCAUUACAAGGAGAGGACCUAAUACUCACUGAUUUAGGGUCUAAAUAUGGAACCUUUGUCAAUCAGCCAGCAUCUGAAAAGAAGGGUAUAGAUCGUGAUGUCCAAAAGACGCUUCAUGAAGAUGAUACUGUUCGUUUUGGAGCCCUGACUAGUGUAUGGACCGUUAGCAAAGUUGAUUUUGUCACCUGUGCCUCCACUUUGAAGGGAGAGAAUCUACAGAAGUUGCAGUCAUAUCUAAAUAAGCUUGGUGGUACAUUCAAGAAUGAAUGGGAUAACUCUUGCUCCUACCUUACUAUGCCAGCUUUAACACUGACUAUUAAGGUUGUACUUGCUUUAGUUCAAGGUGCAAACAUUGUAACCUUGGCAUUUUGGGAAAAGUGUUGUGAGGCAAUAGAAAACUAUGCUAAGCUUCCUGAACCAAAGGAUUUUUUGCCUCAAGUUGUGGAGUCUACAAUCAACAAAGAUGUUGUAUCAUUUUCUCCAAAUUUAAAAAGAAGAAGGAUCUUUGCUGAUAAAAAAUUUGUUUUCUUGUCUAAAAGGCAACUGGAAAUGUACAGAAAUGUAUUGAUGAUGGGGUCGGCCACACCUCUGCUCCUCAGUGAGUCGAAGAUGACCAAGUCUAUGCUAGCUGCUCCUGAUGUAAUUGUGAUCCAAUACAUCAUCAACAACACCACCCAGGAAUCACAAGCUUUACAGACUCAGAUUAAAGGGAUUGUUGACUACUUGAAGAGUAAAGGCAAGAGAGUUGUAGCAGAUGCUGAAAUAGGGCUGGCUAUAUUGUACUGUAGCCUGGAAAAAUACUGUAAUCCCUUCUUUGAUUAUUCUUCAGAAGUUCUGAAGGAAACAAAUGAUGCUCAAAAUUCCAAAAGACCUAUAAAUGUACUUGCCCCGGAAUCUCAAGAGCCCUCUGUUAACAAAAAAAUGAAGACUGAAACUACUGUUGAUGAAAGUCUUUCCAAUAAUGAUACUGAAAGGAUCAAUGAAGAAAGCAAUGGUAGUGCAAAAAGGAAACUUAGCACUGACAGUAGUGAGGUUGUUGAGAAUAUGCAGAAAAAAGUUGCUACUGAAAGUAAUGUUACAAACAAUGGAAAUGAUGAUGAUAAUGAUCUCUUUGAAUUCAUUAAGCCUAACCCUACCCCAAGAAAUGAUAAUGAUGGAAAUAAGAAUAGUUUGUCAUUUUUGAAACCAUUAAAAAGGAAGCAAGAAGAUUCAUCUGAGAUGGAUGAUGAUAAUUUAUUUAAUUUUAUAACAACAGAUAAAGAGCAAGCUUCUGGUGAUGCCAGCACUAAGAAUCUAUUUGAUCAAACUAAAAUAAAAGAAGAUCCUAUCACUCCGCAAAUUAAAAGACAGAAAAUGGAAGAAGAGUUUGAAAGUAAGCUUAACUCCACUAACUUUUCAGCUUUAUUUGAAAAGUCAAUCAAGGCUUUGCUGGAAUCAAAUGCCAACUGGAGGUCAUCAGAAGACAUCCCAGUUUUGAAGAUUAAAAAAGAAGAUGUUUCUGAACAAAUUGAGGAAAAGUUAAGCGAACUUGAUCUAGGCACUACUGUGGUGACUGUCAACCCGAAGUUGAUUGUUGAAAAUAAGCCAGUAAAUGUUGAAGAACAAUCUAGCCAAGUGAAAAACUUCAAAAAGUUCAAAAAAGUAUGGCCUCUAAAAAUGCAAAUAACAAUAAUACCUAAGUCUGAAAUGAGUUUUGUGAAACCUGAACCAAUCAAUGACAUACCAUGUGCUGGCGUUAAUGAGUCUGAGAACAAAAUUCCUGCUGGUGAUGACAUUAUUAGUACAACUGUGAAUACUAACCCAUCUAGUGAUGAAAUUCUUAGUGAAACUGUGAGUACUAACCCUGCUGGUGAUCAAAUUAUGAAUACAGAACCUGUAGCUGAAACUGUGAAGCCAACUUCAACAAUUGUUGACUUUUUCAAAACAUUUGAGUAAAUGAUUAAAAUUUCAGAAGAUUGUGUAAUUGAUUUUUUAUAUUCAGUUUGAAUAAAAAAUAUUUUUGUAAGUGUAAAUCUUUAUUAUUAUAAAAUAAAUUUACGUUACUACAUUA